AUGGUUCAAAGAUGUAACGAUCGGAUACGAGAUGGAAUCAUGCCCCAGUGGUGGGAAGAGAAGUUAGAACAAUAUGAAAAGCAGCAGAAAGCUCUGCAGGAUUUGAUGCUUAGUGAGACUGUGGGGCUUAGUCUCGAGGUAGUUAUACGUCUGAAGAGACUGGAGACGGUGAAAAAUAGUCUGCUUCAAACCGAUGACAAGUACAACGCAAUUCCGAACAUCGAUGCCAUCAUGAACGAUUACCGCAUGGGUGGCUAUGUGUGGGAAUAUGGCAAAGUUACAUAUUGGUCGAAUGGCACGUUCCUUCGUGGCCCAAAGAAAUUUGAUGUCGACGAAUUUCUCUUGUUGAAUUCAGAGCAUGAUGGUCCAAAUGGGUUCUGGGCAGAAGUGGUUAGAAUCCCAUAUAAUUUAUUUUUCUAA